AGAUCCUAGUGAUGGAUGACUGCUGUGUGUGUAGGAGAGAGAGAGACUCUUUUUCAUUCUGCUCUUUCCCCAUUCCCCCCAUCAUCAGACAAGCAGAGUAGAGCAGGACAGAGAGAGACGUGAGCCAACAAGUGCAGAACAGAACAACUCCACAAAGAGAAGAGAGAGGAGGAUAGUUCCCUUUGCAAGGACAGAACAAGAGAAGAUAAUCAAGCCUUUCAGAAAACACCAACAGGAGAAGAAAUAUGAGACUGCAGCACAUUUAAAUCCUCUAACCUUCUUUGCUCACCAACUGAGGACUUAUUUGUAGCCCCUUUUUAUGUUGGAACAGUUAGAUUUCUUUCUCAUUCUUCAAGAGGCUACACACUGAUUGUAGAAAACCUUCACUGUGUAGUAGGACUUUCGGAUUUUGAAGAGAGAAUGAGAAAGAGGGAGAAAGAAAGAGAAAAGAAGGCUUUUUGGAGCCAGGUUUUUAGAAGCGGGAGGCCGCAGUGGUGGAGAUCAUGCCCGGGAGAGGAGCUUGUUCUGGGGCAGGCAUGGGGAAGUUGCCUGGUAAAGAUUGAACAUUUACAAAGUAGGUGCACACAGGCAGAGGGAAAAAGAGGUGACAGACAGUGACACAUGUAAUACCGCCUUGCAUGCUCUUCCCUUCAUCUAGCUUAUCGAGUGUGUAAUCAUUAGUCCAACAGUUGCAAAUGAGAGUUUCUAUUGGAUAAAUUCAGGUAUGUUUAUUCCCGUUUUGUUCCUGGUCAGACGUAAACACAGUUCACAUUCAUAUCAGCCACGUUGUAUUCCUUCUUGCAUAAUAAUAAAAUAAAUAAAUAAAAGUGAAGUCCUCUGUCAUUGGCCCUGUUUGUUCUUGGGUGCAGGUUAAACAGGUAUUCCCAGGUUCACAGUAAACUCCACCCCCGAGUCACAUGAUGACUGAAGUUCAUCUCAGUGCUGUAACUUUAAUAACUCUCCAGGACUCAUGUCUGUCUGACACACAACAACACUGGGAUUUUAUUUAGAUUGUUCUGAAAUAUCAGGGUAAUAAACCAACCAAUACAAGGACAGGGAGUGACACCGUGUGAGAAAAUGGCUUCUAGUUCGUCUCUCCCAGAGGAGGAUUUCUCCUGUACGGUGUGCCUUGACAUCUUUAAGGAUCCUGUCAUCUUGUCAUGCAGCCACAGCUUCUGCCAAGCCUGUCUAAAGGAAUGCUGGAAAGACAAGGAAUCUCUGUCAUGUCCACUUUGCAGGAGACGAUCGUCUAAGGAUCAUCCCCCUAUAAACCUUUCUCUAAAGAACCUGUGUGAGGCCUUACGGGAAAGGAGACAGACAGAUCCAACCACAGGGUCCAAGGUGCUCUGCAGUCAACACAGUGAGAAACUCAGUCUGUUCUGUCUGGAGGAUAAAGAGCCCAUCUGUUUGGUGUGUCAGGUCUCAAGGAAACAUAAAAAUCAUGACUGCAUCCCUGUAGAUGAGGCUGUACAGGAUCACAAGGAGGAACUCCAGACUGACCUGAUGCCCUUACAGGAGAAGCUGAAGGUCUUUAAUAAAGUUAAACAAACCUGUGAUCAAACAGCAGUGCACAUUAAGAGCCAGGCCCAGCACACAGAGAAGCAGAUUAAGGAGGAGUUUGAGAAACUUCACCAGUUUCUACGAGAGGAAGAGGAGGCCAGGAUAGCUGCUCUGAAAGAGGAAGAGAAGCAGAAGAGUCAGAAGAUGAAGGAGAAGAUUGAGCAGAUGAACAGAGAGAUAUCAUCACUUUCAGACACAAUCAGAGCCAUAGAGGGGGAGCUGAAAGAUGAAGACAUCUCAUUCCUGCAGAACUUCAAGACCAUGAAGGUAAGAGCCCAGUGCACAAUGCCAGAUCCACAGCUGGUGUCAGUGGGGCUGAUAGACGUGGCCAAACACCUGGGAAACCUGAAGUUCAGAGUCUGGGAGAAGAUGAAGGAGAUCAUCAAACACACUCCUGUGAUUCUGGACCCCAACACUGCAUUCUCCUGUCUCUCUCUGUCUGAUGAUCUGACCAGUGUGAGUCGAACUGGCCCAAAGCAGCAGCUCCCUGACAACCCAGAGAGAUUCAUGAAGUAUCAAAAUGUUCUGGGCUCUAAGGGGUUCAGCUCAGGUAAACACAGCUGGGAGGUGGAGGUUGGGGAUCAUCCUCACUGGAACCUGGGCGUGGCUAAAGAAUCAGCUGACAGGAAGGGGGAGCGGCAUGCAUCACCAGAGUAUGGAAUCUGGGCCAUACUGCAGAGGAGUGGUAAGUAUACUAAUGGAAAGGGAGAGACCCUCCUCCUGAAGAAGAAACCCCAGAGGAUCAGAGUUCAGCUGGACUACGACCAGGGGGAGGUGUCCUUCUACGACUCCAAAGACAUGACACUCAUCUACACUCAUAAAUACACAUUCACUGAGACUCUCCACCCGUACUUCUCUAUUGGAUCAGCUGUUGAUGCCAAAAACACUGGUGUUCAGAUCUGCCAAUCAGAGGUGUCUCUGACAGUGAUAUCAUCCCAAUGAGGUUAUGUGUGUGUGUGUGUUGUUGUUGGUGAAAUUACUAGAUUAUGUUAUAAUACUGUUAUUGUAUCAAAUGGUUGUUUUCUGGAGUAGAAUGGUGUUUUUAGAACACUCAUCUGUGGUCUUCUGAGUUGGACCUCUGGGACUUAAUGCUGACAGUAGAUUUACCAUCCAUUCAUGUGAGGGAGAUUGCUCCGGUUUGACUGGAAGGUACCAGGGAGAGAUGGCUCGGGUAUAGAUACUUAUGAGAGGAACCCUGUUUUGGGGACCAGACCCUGGUUUACUCACAAUGAGAACAGUCUUUACAGCAGAUACUGUCUGCUGUGAAUUAUUAAUUAAUUUAAUAUGAAUCCUAACCUUGUGGCCCAUUCCACACAUCUGUUGUUUAUCAUGUAGACUAAGGGGGUGUAUCUUUGCUAUAAAAGGUAUUUGUAUCCUUUGUCUCAGGGCUCUCAACCCAACAGUCACCAUGUUGGGUCGACCAGCCAUCGUUAUUGCUCUGUGCUUUCCUUAUUACAAGUUUAUAAUAAAGUCAUAUCCUUAU